UACCCAGGCACAAACACCUACAUUGUUGGGCAAGGCGCGAGAAGACUACUGAUUGACACUGGCGAAGGCAGGCCAGAAUGGAUAGAGUCGUUGAAGACAUUACUGGAGAAGGAGGACAUAAAGAUCGAUAAAGUGUUGUUAUCGCAUUGGCAUCCCGACCACAUUCAAGGCGUGCCUGAUCUUCAGGAAUACUCUCCAGAUACAAGAGUGCACAAGAAAGACGCCGACGGAGCGUGGGCCGACAUAAGAGAACACGUUCCAGACGCCAGGGUACAUGAAGAGGACUCAAACGGGUGGCUCAACAUAAGCGAUGGACAGAGGUUUGAGACCGAGGGCGCAACACUGCGAGCUUUCUACUGCCCAGGACACACGACCGACCACAUGGCAUUCAUUUUAGAAGAAGAAGAUGCGAUGUUCACAGCCGACAACGUUCUGGGUCAAGGGACGGCCGUGUUCGAGGACCUGGCAACCUACAUGAAGAGCCUCGACAGCAUGUCAAAGCAAUUUCAAGGUCGGGCAUACCCAGGUCACGGCCCGGUGAUUGAAGACGGCCCAUCCAAAAUCCUAGAGUACAUAAAGCACCGAAAGCAACGCGAGAAGCAGGUGUUGGACGUGCUGGCGCAAAAAAGAGAAGAUGGCUGGAUUUCCAUGGACAUUGUGAAGGUCAUCUACAAAGACUACCCCGAGAGUUUGUGGCUUCCCGCAGAGAAGGGAGUGCUGCAGAUCUUGGACAAGCUACAGAAGGAGGGGAAGAUCGCGCGUGACAGUAAGCAAGGGAUGUGGUCUCUGAGUGAGAAGCCUAGCCUGUAG